AUGUCUGCCUUGCCCCGGUCAAUCGGCUCGCGACUUCUGCCGGCCGCCAUUCGCCCCUCUGCGACGAGGGCCAUCGCUCCCCAAUACCGCACAUUUGCCUCCAGCGACGCCUCCAACGAACCCGCGCCAAAGAGCAGCUCCAGCGAAGCACCCAAUGCGCCCCUCACUGAGUCAGCCCAGGACAGACGAGAGGGCGCCGCCGAGGCCAUGCGACACAAGCCGGAUUACAACGUAGCUGUCGACUACCGCACCUCUAACUUCUCCCCCAUUCCGAAACGAGUAAUGGACGGCAGUGAGCCUGGAGACAGCGUGGCUGCGGCAGUACUUUCCGGUGCCCCCAUCGAUCUGCAGGCCAGGACUGUGCGCAUCUACCGACCGGCCAAGACCGCCACCCAGUCUGGGGACUGGCAUUCGCACCACUGGCUGAUGGACUGGGACGUCCUGCCCAAGGGACAUCGAUGGGAGAACCCGUUGAUGGGAUGGCAGUCGUCCGCUGAUUUCAUGAAUGGCCACCGGAUACAAUUCAAGUCGAAGGAGGACGCCAUCAACUUCGCGAACAAGCAGGGAUACGAGUACUUUGUACAGGAACCUAAUGAGCGGAAAUUCGUCCCCAAGGCCUACGCCAACAACUUCACGCACAGCCCAAAGAAGCUCAAGAUCAUCCGAUCAAAGUAA